AUGCCGGGCUUCGACUUCUCCAACUACAACCGCAAUGCGGCCCUGCACGCCCAGGGAGUGCCUCUGCCCAAGGCCACGAGCACGGGAACGACCAUUGUCGGCUGCAUCUUUGACGGCGGCGUAGUGAUCGCCGCCGACACGCGAGCCACGUCGGGCCCCAUCGUCGCCGACAAGAACUGCGAAAAGCUUCACUACAUCUCCCCCCAGAUCUGGUGCGCCGGCGCCGGCACCGCCGCCGACACCGAGUUCACCACCGCCCUCAUCUCCUCCCAGCUCGAGCUGCACUCCCUCUCCACCGGCCGCAAGCCCCGCGUCGUCACCUGCAUGACCCUGCUCAAGCAGCACCUCUUCCGCCACCAGGGCCACAUCGGCGCCUACCUCGUCGUCGCCGGCUGCGACCCCACCGGCACCCACCUCUUCACCGUGCACGCCCACGGCAGCACCGACAAGCUGCCCUAUGUCACCAUGGGGUCCGGUAGUCUUGCCGCCAUGAGCGUCUUUGAGACGCAGUGGACGCCCGAUCUGUCGAGGGAUGCUGCUGUCAAGCUGUGCAGCGAGGCUAUCCUUGCCGGUGUGUGGAACGAUCUGGGUUCCGGUUCGAAUGUCGAUGUUGCUGUUAUUACCAAGGAGAAGACGACGCUCCUGCGAAACUACAUCAAGCCCAACGAGAAGAGCGCCAAGCUGCAGAGCUACCGCUUCCCCAAGGGCACUACUGCCGUUCUGAACGAGAAGAUUAUCACCAAGCGGGACAUUGGCCGAUAUGUCACCGUUGUCGACCUACCAGUUGAGGGGGAGAAGAUGGAUGUUGAUACCUAG